AUGUUACAAAAUGCAUCGAAAUUGAGGCUCCUCUGUUUGGCGACGCAAAACGUACAGUGCUCCAAAUUGCUCAACAAAUUAAACGCCACAUCCUCCGUAGCCCUCCUUCAAAGAAGGUUGAAAAAGACCGAUACAAAUCUAUCUAGUCUCUUCAUCCCUGUCGAAGUUAAACCUAAUAUAGACGAUAUAAACAUCGGCGCCGAAUUAAGCGGAAAUUUAAACAAAACCGACCUACUAAAGAUACUAAAUAAAUUCUUUCAAAAUAAGGAAAUCAAAACAUUACUAGCCGAUAAUGGUUUAGAUCAAUAUCUGCAACAUCAAGCCUACGUCAGUUUUAGAAGGUACUGUUUAGAAGCCCAAAAUCUACCAGCAGACAUUCACUUAGUAUUCAGCGAUGUCUUACACGGUGCGGGUAACAUCACGGACAUAUUCCCGUACUUCCUCCGGCACGCCAAGCUGAUGUUCCCCCAUUUGGACUGCAUGGACGAUUUGAGGAAAAUAUCCGACCUGAGAUCCCCGGCUAAUUGGUACCCCCAAGCGAGGGCCGUCAACAGGAAGAUCAUUUUCCACGCGGGCCCCACCAAUUCGGGCAAAACCUACCACGCUCUAGAGCGAUUCAUGACCUCCAAAUCGGGCGUGUAUUGCGGCCCCUUGAAGCUCCUGGCCAGCGAGGUGUUCAAUAAAUCCAAUAAACGGGGCACCCCUUGCGAUUUAGUGACGGGCGAAGAACGGAACUUCGCCGAUCCCAAAGGUGAUGCUUCCAAUCACGUUUCGUGCACCGUAGAAAUGACGUCCGUACAAAACCCAUACGAAGUGGCUGUAAUCGACGAAAUCCAGAUGAUAAAAGACCACCAACGCGGCUGGGCGUGGACCAGAGCCCUGCUCGGCAUCGUAGCCGAGGAGAUCCAUCUGUGCGGAGAAGCAGGGGCCAUCGAUUUGAUCCGACAAAUCUGCAUGACCACCGGCGAGGACGUGGAGGUGCGCAAUUACAAGCGCUUGACGCCUUUGAACGUCGAAGACUCCGCCGUGGGGUCGUUGGACAACGUCAUGCCCGGCGAUUGCAUAGUGUGCUUCAGCAAAAACGACAUUUACAGCGUAUCGAGAGGCAUCGAGGCCACCGGUAAGGAGGUGGCCGUGAUAUACGGUGGCCUGCCACCCGGUACUAAACUAGCCCAAGCUGCUAAAUUCAACGAUCCCGAAAAUAGUUGUAAAAUAUUAGUGGCUACCGAUGCUAUAGGAAUGGGGCUCAAUUUGAGUAUAAAAAGAGUAAUUUUCUAUUCUCUUAUUAAACCUACGAUGAACGAAAAGGGUGAACGGGAAAUGGAUACGAUAUCUGUAUCUGCUGCUUUACAAAUAGCCGGUAGGGCUGGAAGAUACGGAACGCAAUGGCCCGAAGGAUCUGUUACCACAUUUAAACAAGAAGAUCUAACCACAUUGAAGCGAUUGUUGUCGUGUACACCGGAACCCAUCAUUCAAGCCGGGCUACAUCCGACUGCGGAUCAGAUCGAAUUGUACGCUUACCACUUACCCAACUCGUCUCUUAGCAAUCUUAUGGAUAUAUUCGUUAAUUUAUCCACCGUAGACGAUUCCUUGUACUUCAUGUGCCAAACGGAAGAUUUUAAGUUUCUAGCCGAUAUGAUUCAGCACGUUCCCCUGCCACUCAGAGCGAGGUACUUAUUCUGUUGCGCCCCUAUUAACAAGAAGAUGCCCUUCGUGUGUACUAUUUUCCUAAAGUUUGCGAGGCAAUACAGUAAAAACGAAACGAUCUCGUUCGAUUGGCUGUGCAGGAACAUCGGUUGGCCUCUACAGCCACCGAAAACCAUCCUCGAUUUAGUCCAUUUAGAAGCCGUAUUCGAUGUACUGGAUUUGUACUUGUGGUUAAGUUAUCGUUUCGGGGAUUUGUUCAACGAGCCCGAUCUGAUACGAGACAUGCAAAGGGAACUGGAUCAGAUUAUUCAGCAAGGGAUCGUUCAGCUUACGCGGUUACUGAGGAAUUCUGAGACUGUGAUCAGUUCUGGUACAGGCGAUGUGGAUGGAGAGGAGUUUUUGAUGAACAGGCAAAAGCAGUCAUAUCUGCGAGGGCAAAAGGGUAUUCAAUUGGGUAAAGGAAAAUUAACGGAGCGCUUGCUUGCCCAAGGGAUAUUGACACCCACUAUGUUACAAGAAUUGAAAAAAGAAUGGAACAAAAAAGAUGCCCCCGUAGAGAAACCGAAGGAGGAUGUGAAGAAAAUACGUAGAAAACGAAAAACAAUCAAAUAG